AUGGCAAAAACUACCAAUCCUGAAAUCCCGUCUCCGGCUCCAGUUCCAGCUGCAAGCCCUACACCCAAUGCUCCAACAACACUAGCUGCCCCGAUAUCACCGACUGAGGAAGAAAUUACGCUUCAGCCAGGUCGCCACUGGAUUGACCGUCCCUUGAAUGAAGACGACGGUGAUUCUGCGCAAGGUGAUGAUGCGGCUACCUCAACUGCAUCCCUUGCAUCAUCUAUAUUACGCUACCGGACCAUCAAUGGCCGCACCUACCACAGUGACUCCAUCACCACAAACAAGUACUGGGGUGCAAAUGAUGCGAAUCAGAACAACUCGCUAGACAUUAUGCACCAUGGCUUCUUGGUGACAUUGGACGGGAAGCUAAACCUUGCGCCCUUGUCGGGACCUAUUGGAAAAAUAGUAGAUCUUGGAACCGGAACUGGAUCUUGGGCAAUUGACUUUGCAGACUUGCACCCCGAGUGCACAGUGAUUGGCACUGAUGUGUCUCCUAUUCAGCCGGCAUGGGUGCCACCUAACGUGUAUUUCGAGAUCGACGACUUUACCCAGCCGUGGACUUUCGAUUCAGAAUCGAUUGACUACGUCCAUGAACGCUGGCUUGUUGGCUGCGUACCGGAUUGGGUAGCAUUUUACAAAGAGGCCUAUCGCGUCCUAAAGCCGGGAGGCUGGAUUGAAUCCUUUGCGUGCGACGGCCUGCUCGAGUCUGACGAUAACACUAUGACCAAGGACUGUGCUACUAGCCAAUGGAGUUAUAUAUUCGCUGAGGGAAGUAGGAAGCUGGGCUCUACCGCCUCGUACACUAUAGUUCGUGACGAGCUACAGCGGAAAUAUCUUAAAGAAGCAGGCUUUGUAAACAUUGAAGAGCGCCUGAUAAAGAUGCCCAUUUGCGAAUGGUCAGAUGACCCGAAAUGGAAAGAAGUCGGUCUUUUUAUACGCGCCGCCUUGGAGACUGACGUAGAGGGUAUGGUUUCCUACUUGGCAUCUGUGCUUGGCUGGACCCAAGAGGAGAUUAUUGUGUACUGCGCUCAUGUGCGUCGCGAGGUGCGCAGUCUGAAAAUCCAUGGCUACUAUCGAUGCAAUGUGGCAUGGGCCCAAAAGCCCUUCAGCGUCUAG